AUGGUCCAUUUCGACAAUCCGGAGCCUUUCACGCCCACUACACCGUCGACAUCUCGUCGGCCAUCGGAGCCUGUUGCGCCUCACCGCAGACCAGCAGAGCCACCGUUUAUCCCGGAACCGCCCGAAUCACUUCAGCCUGAUACCGUGUUGGAAGCGCUUGCGGCUAUGGAGCCUCACCAGAUGCCGAACGCGCAGAGGCGGAAGUCGAGCGCAGCGAUCUUCCGCGGUUUGGAGCACGACUUCGAUACCCAAGCCGAGGACCUCCCUGAGGAGUUCAGGACCACGCACAGGCAACCUCAAGGCAGAGAACGCAAGCCCGGCGCUGUCUUCGCUCACUACGCCGCCGAGCAAUUGCGCCGCGCUAGCUCAGUCGUUGGUCCACAAAUCGCCAGUCUGGUACCGGAGAUGGUGAGGUCAGCAGCAGGUGCCUUCCAUGAUGCACACAGCGAAAUGCGGUCUGGAACAGUGGGUUUCCCGCGCAUUUUCAAGGGUCGUGAGUACAGGCCUUUUGUGCCGACCGUUCGCCGCAGCAAGCAGCUUGGGGUGCCAGACGCCAAUGGGAAUUUUCUCUCUCGUCUCGGACCCAAGAACGGCCAUCUCGACGACUCGAACUCUGAAGAUGACGAUGAGGAGACGAAUCUGCGAUACAAACUUGGCCCCGUGCAGUCGCGGCGCAAGUUCGUCUUGAGGCUCGCCAAGGCGCUCAUGACGUAUGGCGCACCCUCGCAUCGCAUUGAAGAACAACUGAACGCCGCAUGUGAUAAACUCAAGCUCAGGGCGCGCCUCGCUUACCUUCCGAACAUCAUUAUUGUUGCCUUCAGUGACGAAGCAUCCCACACGGACGAGCUGCACUUUGUGCGAAGCAGUGGCUCGCGCAUCUCACUCACGUUUCUUCGCAUCAUACACGACAUCUAUCGCGACGUCCUGCACUAUACAUGCAGUCCGGACGAAGGCUCGCGACAGUUGGCCGUCCUGCUCAAAGCUCCCCCGAUCUAUCCAUUGGCCCUACGUUGCUUCUUCUCGCUCAUAUCUUCAUCGGUCAUCUGCGCCCUCGCCUUCGACGGCAGUGUGGUGGAUAUGGGAGUUAGCGGCGCCCUCGCAAGUUUUACACAGUACUUGGGUUUGACGCUUGCAGCCAAGAGCUCGGUUUACGCGAAUGUUUACGAGAUUUCCGCUGCCAUGUUCGUAUCCUUUGCCGCGCGGGGCCUCAGCAGCAUUCCGGGUCGCAUUUUCUGUUACUCCGCAAUCUCAUCCGGCGGCGUCGUCCCGCUUUUGCCGGGCUACAUUGUUUUGACUAGCGCUCUUGAACUCACACAACGCAGCAUCAUUGCUGGCGCUGUGAGACUCGUAUACGCAAUCAUCUAUACAUUCUUCCUCGGGUUCUCUAUGACCAUCGGUUCGGACGUGUUCCUGCUGUUCUACCCGAAGGGGAACGCCUUGACGGACUUUGCGGCAAACGCGGCUGCAUCUCUUGACUACGUACACGGCGUUCUCACCGCACCGGCAGACAAGAAUAGCGGUCAUGCUGUCAAUUUUACUGCCACGUUCGGCUUCAAGAACGAGACGUUGGCGGUAGCCACAGCCAAAGCCUGCUUUCGUGGCCCUGAGUGGCCUUGGCCCUUUCUGCCGUCCCUACACUGGCCGUGGUGGCGUUAUCUGAUUCUCGUUCCCGCAUACGCAACAGCGAUCUCGCUCUCGAACCUUCAAUCGUACAGGAGCUGGCGUCUGAUUGUCAUGGUCGGCUUUGCCUGCGUUGCUUACUUGGUCAACACUUUCGCCCACCGUCUUGUGGGAGGUCCGUCGAUCGACGUAGCUUCCGCUUUGGCGGCAGCAGCACUGGGCACUAUGGGCAAUAUCCAGUCACGCAUCUUUGGCGGGACAGCAUUCACCUCUAUGGUUCCAGGAGUGCUCUUCCUUGUGCCGUCCGGGCUUGCACAGGGUGGUGGUCUCGCAGGAAACUCCGAUUCUGGGCAAAUAUCAGACAGUUUCGCCCUGGGUAUGCGCAUGAUCAACGUCGCUAUCGGCGUUACGAUUGGUCUGUCAGUCAGUCAAACCAUUGUGUAUGCCGUGGGUCGUAGAAAGAGUGGAGGGCAUAUGGCCUUCUGA